GUUAUGUACCAGCAUUAUUAAACAAUUUUAAAUGCAGUAAUUUUAAUCAGUCACCAGCGAAUAAAUGAAGGCGACCGUCGUGCAGUUUCAUAGGGUGUGUUCUAUUAGUAGUUUCGGAAUUAUUCAUUUAAAAACCCGCGUCUAUGUAAUAAUACUUCGCUUGCAAGCUACUGGAUGACUGAUAGAUUUUCAUUGCGCCGUAGCUCGCAACAGGACACUUUCUCUGUUAUGAGACUGACCAAACUUUUAAAGGCUGACGAUGGAUCGGGAUCUGCUGCGGCAGUCGCUGUCGUAUCAUGGUCAAAGCCUUUUUUCCCUUAUGAAAUGUGAACAAAAUGAAAAUCCCGAUUUCAAAUCAAUUGUGGCAGAUUUGUCCAAGGCCCCAAACCCAAGGAAAGAAAAAAAGACUUGUAGCAAUGCAGUUGAACAGUUUAUCUCAAGGAAGGCAGACCUCCUGUUUGCACCUUCCUGGAAGUCAUGUGAACCGCCUGAGCAGGAGUGGCAGGAGGAGACCGAUGAGCCCUAUGCUAUCAUGCCCCCGCUGGAGCAGUUCAUGGGUAUCGAUUUUGAGGAGAGGAGGGACUUGUUCUACAGAGACGUUGAACGUGGUGAUGCCGUGAUUGGCCGGAUCAACGCCAUACGGGAUUUCGGUUUCUUCAUCACUUUGUUAUGUCUGGCUGGAGGGCUGGAGAGGGACAUUGAGGAUCUGGAGCUGACGGCCCUGUGCCCCAUACGAGAUGUGCCGUCUAACGGGAAUCACGAUGACCCGCUCUCCUACUACCAAGUGAGAGACCUGAUUCGAGCCGGGGUGAAGGACAUCGACCGCUACCACGGGAAGCUGACCGUUUCCCUGCAGCCAUCCUCUCUCUCUCAGAGCCUGGCGAAACUGAAACUGGGGGUCAUCAGCAGAGAGGACCUGCCGCUACAUUACUGUCGUGGGUUAAAGGUAGCCAACAGUGCAUCCGAGAUCUAUGAGAAGGUUUUGGGGGACUCGCUGGGCUUCUCCAAUCCUACCAGUGUGGAGUUCCUCUUGGGAAAACUGGGAAUUAGUGAAACCCAACCCCCUUCAUUAAUGAGGGGCCUGCAAUGCAAGCAUUUCUCCGAGGAGGAUUAUGGGACAUCUAUCCGGAAGAAGCAGUCUGCAUCUUGGGCAUUAAAAUGUGUGAAGAUCGGGGUCGACCACUUCAAGGCAGGCCGGCAUGUAGAAGCUAUGAAUGAAUACAACAAGGCCUUGGAGAUAGACGUGGAUAAUGUGGAAGCUCUGGUGGCGCGAGGUGCCCUGUAUGCAACAAAGGGUAGUUUGGUGAAGGCGAUGGAUGACUUUGAGCUGGCGCUGAAAAGCUGCCCAACCCACCGAAAUGCAAAAAAGUACCUGUGCCAGACCCUGGUCGAACGAGGUGGCCAGCUGGAGGAGGAGGAGAAGUUCGUGACAGCAGAGGGCCUCUACAGGAAGGCAUUGGCAUUGGAUGAGACCUUCAAGGAGGCAGAGGAAGCCCUGAAGAAACUUCAGGUGCACAUCCAGAAAUCCCUGAAAGUGAGAGAAGAGGAAGCUGCGAAAGAACAGGAAAAGUCAAAAAAUGUGGAGACAAGUGCAGAAAAAUUGCGUAAGAUCUUAAAAGAAGAAAAAAGAAUGAAAAAAAGGAAGAGGCGAUCAUCCUCAUCCUCAACGUCCUCAUCUUCCACCUCGUCGUCUACAUCCAGUGACUCGUCUUCCAGCCGCAGGAAGUCCAAAAAGAAGAAGAAGCGCAAGCGCAGGCACUCCCAACACAGCCACAAGAAACGCCAACGGAGGGUGUCGUCCUGCGACCAGAGCGUUGAUAGUAAGGACGAAUGGUACCCGGCCCCGGCCAAUACGUCCGCCUCUUUCAUGAACCAAAAGCAGGAGAUGGUUAAGUUGCUAGAUGAUCAGGAUUGGCAGGCAGGCCACAGUAGGUCUCAUGUCAAGAGCAGAAGGUCGCAAGCUUCUGUGUCGUCAUCUUCUGAGGUUUUGGAUGACAGCAGAGGUAGGUUUGAAGAUGACCCCUUUGAUGGCACCCCACAGAAGGAGGAAGGUAGCAGAGAGAAAGAGGGGUGGGCUUUGGGUUCAUCCAGCAGGGAGCUAAAGCCUUUAGAAAGGAAGCUGAGUUGUGGGGGGAGAGAAGUGUCCAGAGCUCAGAGGAACCUUGAGGAGACCUAUGGGGGUCGUCAAGAAGUUCACGACAGCCCAGAGAGAAGCAGAAACCGAACGGCUGCCAGCCCCGAGCAUGCUCACAGGCCCGAGAGCCGGGCUGAUAGUCGCCCUGCGCAAGGCUGCAGCAUCAGACGAUGGGAUGGUGUGAAGUGUGAUGAUCUCAACAGAGAUGUCAGGGACAGGAGAAAGUCUGAUGAGUCUCAAGGCAAGACUGCGGGUGACAGAUCGCAAAAUGGCAAGGGAUCUGCAGAAGGGCAUGUGAAGAAAGAUCUGCCUGCAAACUUGCUGGACAUUUUCAGCCAGAUUGCUCAGUUUGAGAAAGAAAAAUGCAACAAGAUGAAAAAGUGAGAGGUUUCCUAAGCCCUUCUACGUUUAGGAAGUUCAUCUUUUGUUUACAUUCUGCUUUAUAUCUGCUGCAGUUCUCUGCCACUGCUCUCAGAUUUGCCCUAAUUAAGUUUGUCAGUGGUGUGUAAAAGGAAUACCUCUGGUAUUGUCAAAACAAAAAUGCAAACCUCAAGUGUCUUGUAUUAUCCUCCUUCCUUGUGCAGAAUCCUUUGAACGUCAUGAAACCUGCUUGGUCUGUAAUUAAAUAUCGGGGAAAACAUCUUAAUGCAAUUUCAAGCAGAAGCUGUUUCUCCUUCUGUGGAAGCUGUAUCUCUAGUGAAAUCUCAAAUGCUGCCAGAUUCAUCCGGCACUGUCAAGCUAGUGCAGCUUGUGACCCCCCCCCCCCCAACAUGUGCCAAAUGCCACCUUAUUCUCCAGCCAUCCGCUGACAAGUGGCUUAAAUAAUUACUUGCAUAUGAACAGUAUAUUUCCAUGUACCCUUGCAUAGCUCCCAAUAAAAUUCUCAAGCUCUGUUGA